AUGUUCUACUACCUAUUCAAUGCAGUCGUGAUGCUCCAGCAGAAUAAGCGCAAGGCUGAGGAAUUCACGGCUGAAGUGAACGCUAAUAGUUUCCUAGAGGAUGCACAGCGUUCAGUAGACUUCCUUUUCUCUUCCUUUGUCGUAUUACCAGGUGAUGACGUCACUUCCACACUCACCACAACCACACGUCGUGUUAAACUCGGGGCUGGACUUAAACAUCUACCAGACAAUCGGAUCGUAUGCACAAAUGCAGGCGUCCUUCGCUAUCGUCCCGCGAAUCGCUAUUGGGUCGAAUUUAAUCACAAGCGUUAUGUCACAUCAAUGGAUGACGGGGUCAUUGGCGUCGUUACUGAUCGCAACGCCGAAUCCUAUCGCGUGAAUAUUGGAGCUGCUGCUAGCGCUACUUUGGGUUCGCUGGCGUUCGAUGGUGCAACAAAGCGGAACCGCCCUAGUCUUCGUCUCGGGUCCCUAGUGUACGCUCGUGUGAGUAAGACUAACCCUAAUGUGGAGCCUGAAAUCACGUGUGAAGCUCCACCAAGCGUGACUAAAAAAGAUUGGAUGACUGGUUUGGCCAUCUACGGAGAACUGAACGAUGGUUACGUGUUUAAGACGUCCAUUGGCCUAGCGAAGUCGCUGCUGCGUGAAGAUCACCAGGUGCUAGCGUCGUUGGGCAAGCGUUUGGCUUUCGAGGUAGCUAUUGGGGUCAAUGGCGUCGUGUGGGUGAACUCAAAAACUACAAAGAACACCACAAUCAUUUCCAACGCCAUUAUGAACUCCGAGACGAUGUCUCCUAGCGAGAUCGAUGCCAUGGUUUCUCGGCUUGUGGAAGAUGCCGAUGACGUUUAG